CCCGCCUCCGCCCGCGUCCCCGCCGCCGGCCGACAAGAGCCGGGCGACUAGCUGCCGCCGCCCGGACGCGAGCCAGAGGCAGAGCCGGUCCGCACGCCGCAGCCAUGGGCAACCGCGUGUCCCGAGAGGAGUUCGAAUGGGUCUACACGGACCAGCCCCACGCCGCCCGGCGCAAGGAGAUCCUAGCAAAGUAUCCGGAGAUAAAGUCCUUGAUGAAACCCAACCCUGACCUGAUCUGGAUCAUAGUCGUGAUGCUUCUCGUCCAGUUGGCUUCGUUUUACUUAGUCAAAGACUUGGACUGGAAAUGGGUCAUAUUUUGGUCCUAUGUCUUUGGUAGCUGCAUUAACCAUUCCAUGACUCUGGCUAUCCAUGAGAUUUCCCACAAUUUCCCCUUUGGCCACCACAAGGCGCUGUGGAACCGCUGGUUUGGAAUAUUUGCUAACCUCUCUCUCGGGGUUCCAUACUCCGUUUCCUUUAAGAGAUACCACAUGGAUCACCACCGGUACCUCGGGGCUGACGGCAUCGAUGUGGACAUCCCUACCGAUUUCGAGGGCUGGUUCUUCUGCACCGCUUUCAGGAAGCUUGUCUGGGUUAUCCUUCAGCCUCUCUUCUAUGCCUUUAGACCCCUGUUCAUCAAUCCCAAACCAGUUACCUAUCUGGAAAUCAUCAAUACUGUGAUCCAGAUCACUUUCGACAUUAUCAUUUAUUAUGUUUUUGGAGUGAAAUCUUUAGUCUACAUGCUGGCAGCCACCUUGCUUGGCCUGGGUUUGCACCCAAUUUCUGGGCAUUUUAUAGCGGAACAUUACAUGUUCUUAAAGGGACAUGAAACAUAUUCCUACUACGGGCCUCUGAACUUACUCACCUUCAAUGUGGGCUAUCAUAACGAGCACCAUGACUUCCCCAACAUUCCUGGGAAAAGCCUGCCCUUGGUGAGGAAGAUCGCAGCCGAGUACUACGAUGACCUGCCGCACUACAACUCCUGGUUCAAGGUGCUGUAUGACUUCGUGAUGGAUGACACAAUAAGUCCCUACUCGAGGAUAAAGAGGCCUCCGAAAGGGAAGGAGGUUCUGGAGUAAAUAUCACAGCCAAAGGAAAUCCUGUCCACAGCUUCACAAUAGGGGAUACGUGGAGGUUUUCUGUCGUUCCACUCAAGGUCAGUGAUGCUCAGACGCCGGCAUGAUUUCCAGCUGGGGUCUCAGUGGCAUCAGAGGCGACUCAGCCUCCAGACACCCCGAAGCUCGCUCAAGGCUGCUGCUCGUGCUCACCUGUGCUCACACCGUGUGUUACUGUUACUGAGGGUCUUUCAUGCCUGUCAUGCUGGAAGCGAAUCAUAAAAAGCUCAUGUUAUUUGUCACUAUAAAGUUUUACUUUAUUAAAGCACCUAAUAAACUGAACUGUUAAUCAUA